AACAAGGAUUACAAACUGUCACCGAGCCAAAGGAAAAGGACAGAGACGGUGCACAGGAAGGGGUCAGGAGGCCACAGACACAACAAGUAACCAGGGCAGAAAGAGCAGGAGAUGGCGCAGAGCUGCUGGCUGCUUGUCACGCUCUCUCUGAGAGGUAUUCUUGGUGGUGAUUGGUCAGUUCAUAGCCCCGACAGUCCAGUCUGUGCUGUGGUUGGUUCCUCUGUGGUUCUCCCUUGUUCCUAUGACUACCCCCAAAGUUCUAAUGAAACCAGGGGAGAGGGGCAGCUCUCUACUCAGGAUGGAGGAGGUGAACAAUACAAAGUUUUGUCCGAGAUCUGGUGUCUAACAGAGAGCCGCUGCAUCACACCAAGGUAUGUGUUCCACACUGCUGGUAUCUUCCCAGAUCCAUCGUACCAAAACAGGGUGCAGUACCUGGGACAACCAGGAACAAAAAACUGCUCUCUGAGGAUUUCUAACCUGCGACAGUCGGACAGUGGAACCUAUGUGUUUUACCUCAUCACCAGCCACCCAACAGAGAAGAUGCCAGCUCAGAGAGGCACACAGCUCCUGGUGGCAGACUCCCCCAGUGCAGUCACAGUGUCAGCAGGUCCCUCCAGCGACAUCACCGAGGCCACGGCCUUACGUCUGGCCUGCUGCAGCCCUGCAGCCAGUCCAGCAGCUGUUUUCAAAUGGUUCAAGGGCACAAGCACCACCACAAGACAUACUGGACCAGUGUGGAACAUCAGUGAAGUUACAUCUAAUGACGCUGGCAGCUACUACUGUCAGAUACAGACCGGAGACACAGUGAGGAAAUCGCCGAUGCUUGCCAUCAAUGUACAGUAUUCUCCUCGAAACACAACUGUCUCGGUCUCUCCUGCUGGAGAGCUACGGGAUGGGCUUACUGUGAUUCUUACCUGCAGCAGUGACGCUAACCCACCUGUGCACUCAUACGCCUGGUACAGAGGAGCAGCAUGUCUACCUACAGCAGACAGAAGCUUUCACCAAGUAAGACAGUCCCUGGCUACACCCACAGGCAGAGGCCUGACUCUCAGCAGCACCAACAUCACCGUGAAGGAACAAGGGCAGCACUGCUGUGUAGCACGCAACAGACAUGGAUCACAGACUUACUCUGUAACACUCACAGCAAUGACCCCAUCUGACUCUGCAGGAAGCAGAGUGGUGCUUAUCGUAGUGACCAUUGGUGUUCUUCUGGCUGUUAUAGCCGUAGCUGCCUUUCUCAUAAUAAGGAAAUGUAAGUUGUCCCCGCACCAGUCCUAUGUCCUCACUGAGACAACUUCUACAGAGCCAUAAGGACUUAGCAAGAGCAAAG